AUGAGUAGCGUUAUUUCCGAAAAGCCAAGCAUUUUAUCCGAAUGGUUUAUGAAAAAGUACCGAUUUAUUAACGAUAAACAAGAAGAUUCUCCAGAAGGUUAUUCUUGGCAACCACCAAGUGAAAUGCAUAACCUACCCACAAAAAUUUUUAAGGACAAUCUUCUCACACUUAACAAAAGAAAAUCUAUUCUACAAGUACACCCAUGCAAUAAACAUAUCUUUUUUAAACCUCCAACAAUGAAUAAAGGUUUAUGGAAAUACAUGCCAAAGAAUAUUAGAGACAAUGACAAAUCAUUUGCAAAAAUAUCUUACCAUAUAUCAGCAACAAUACAUCCCCUUGACAAUUUUCUACAUCUCCUAUAUGACUCAAAACCUGAUGACUCAGAUAAUGAAACACUUGAACGUAAUGAAGCUAUUAAAUAUAUAUCACCAUUAUAUCAACUGGCAUCUGAACAGGAGGAAAUUUUUAGCCCUACAGAACUCAAAGAAACACUGGAAAAAGAGAAUACAAAGAAUAAAAUUUGUUCACAAUGCUUUUCAUUACCAAAAACGUCAAAAUUUUAA